AUGACACACAAGCUGUGUUCCCAGAGGGCCCUGCAGGGGACAGACCGAGGAGGCCCCCGAGGAGACGGCCGGCGCCCUGGGCCCCGGUACGGGGACGGGACCCGCUCUAUUCUUCUGUGGGGCGACUGGAAAGGCCGCCGUCCCCCAGGCUCCGUCCCGAGUGACCGCCAGGCCCGGGCCCUGCUGACCUCCAAGCACGUGAUGGGGCCCGUCCUGUGGGUGACCGACCAUCCUGGUGACCUUGUGAGGGUGACCGACCAUCCUGGUGACCUUGUGAGGGUGACCGACCAUCCUGGUGACCUUGUGAGGGUGACCGACCAUCCUGGUGACCUUGUGAGGGUGACCGACCAUCCUGGUGACCUUGUGAGGGUGACCGACCAUCCUGGUGACCUUGUGAGGGUGACCGACCAUCCUGGUGACCUUGUGAGGGUGACCGACCAUCCUGGUGACCUUGUGAGGGUGACCGACCAUCCUGGUGACCUUGUGAGGGUGACCGACCAUCCUGGUGACCUUGUGAGGGUGACCGACCAUCCUGGUGACCUUGUGAGGGUGACCGACCAUCCUGGUGACCUUGUGAGGGUGACCGACCAUCCUGGUGACCUUGUGAGGGUGACCGACCAUCCUGGUGACCUUGUGAGGGUGACCGACCGUCCCAGUCGGCCCCGGGCUUUUCCUGUUUCAGAAGAGAAGGUCCUGUCCCUGAAACCUCUCCUCCUGGCUCCUCCAGCAGGACACCAGGCGCCCUGCUGGCCUCUCAUGUGCGAACCCCUGACUUGCUGUCGCAGGCCGAGGACGGUGGCUCCCCCGGUGUUUACCACGCGGAGCGGAACGCUGCCCGGAGAGCCUCAGGAGGGGCACCACCUGCCUGCCCUCGAGAGAGGCGGAGCCACCACCCACGUCACAGCUGCACUGGCUGGACCCUACCGGGCGGCGAUGGACGGGGCGGUGAGAGCGACGUCGUCCCCUGCUGAGCGUCGGAGCACAGCCCCCGGUCUCCCCACGACAGAGGGCGUCGGCCGGACGGGUUCCACAGGUGCCUCUUAGCAGGUUGUGGCAAUUCCCUUUUGUUCUGUUUUCUGGGAGUUUUGGUCCUUUGAAAAAAAUUUUUAAAAAUAGAUUUUAGGGAGAGAAAGAGAGAGGAAAACACCGAUGGGAGAGAGAAGCAUCGCCCGGUGGCCUCCCGUCCGCCCCUCGACUGGGGAUCCAACCUGCACCCUAGGCGUGUGCCCUGGCUGGGACUUGAACCUG